CCUGACAGGUAACAAAAUAACUGGCCUUUUUGCCUGUUUCUCAACUGGUUUACCUCAUUGACUGGCUGACGGUGUGUGACCUCAGCCUUUGAUUUAACAAAUAUUGGAUUUUAUACUUUGACAUGGUCUCCAAUGCCUUCUGUUUGGUCCUCUUCUGGAUGAAGUGUUCCAAUGUGAUGCGUUUCUGUAAUGAAUUUAUGUAGGCCAAGCCCAAUAACUUAAUCCCAAAGGUAGCUGUUGGUGCAGAAAGGAGAGGUGACUGAAACCUUUCCAGCUCUACUAGCACAACAUGAUACUAACCCAGCUCAGAUCCAGUUUCACAUGGGUGGUUCUCACCCUCCCUCUGACCCAUGUUCCUUGUCCUGUCUUUCAGCCAUCAUCAACCCCAAGCAGGCCAAAGACAACAAGAGCUUCAACUUUGAUUACUCCUACUGGUCUCACACUUCGCCCGAAGAUGUCAAUUAUGCAUCUCAGAAGCAAGUGUACAAAGACAUCGGAGAGGAAAUGUUGCUUCAUGCCUUUGAAGGCUACAACGUCUGCAUCUUUGCAUAUGGUCAGACGGGUGCAGGCAAGUCCUACACCAUGAUGGGGAAACAGGAUGUGAAGGAUCAGCAAGGAAUUAUUCCCCUGGUCAGUAAAAUCAGUUUGGUGGAUUUGGCUGGCAGUGAGAGGGCCGAUUCUACGGGAGCCAAAGGGACCAGGCUAAAGGUGACGGACUUCGAGUGGGUCUAA